UCAUUGUAUCAGAUUGGGACAGAAGGAAGCAGAAGAAAAAGACCGGAGAGCUGCUGAGCUUCGAGAUAUCCUGAGCUGCUAAAACCCCACUGCCUGGCACAUAAACUGAAGGGAUGGCAGCCAUCCGGAAGAAGUUGGUGAUAGUUGGAGAUGGAGCUUGUGGCAAGACGUGUCUUCUUAUCGUCUUCAGCAAGGACCAGUUCCCUGAGGUCUACGUCCCCACAGUGUUCGAAAACUACGUUGCUGACAUAGAGGUUGACGGCAAACAGGUGGAGUUGGCUCUUUGGGAUACAGCUGGUCAGGAAGACUAUGACAGACUGAGACCCCUCUCCUAUCCAGACACUGAUGUCAUCCUCAUGUGCUUCUCCAUAGACAGCCCUGACAGCUUGGAAAACAUUCCAGAGAAGUGGACUCCGGAGGUCAAACACUUCUGUCCAAACGUCCCCAUCAUCCUGGUAGGAAACAAAAAAGAUCUGCGUAACGACGAGCACACACGUCGAGAGCUCGCCAAAAUGAAGCAGGAACCCGUGAAGUCAGAGGAAGGCCGAGACAUGGCCGGACGCAUCUCAGCAUUCGGUUACAUGGAGUGCUCUGCGAAGACCAAGGAUGGCGUACGGGAGGUUUUUGAGAUGGCCACCAGAGCGGCGCUGCAGGCCCGUCGUGGAAAGAAGAACAGUAAAUGUGUACUGCUGUAAGACAGCAGACACGUUUGGACUGUUUUCACCCUGCGCUGUUAUACCUGGGGAUAGGGCUCAGUAGAGAUGCAGGGAUUACUA